AUGAAGCCCUGGGGUAGAGUGCUUGCCUAUCCCGAUGACAACGAGGAUGUCCUGAUGCUGAGAUCCAUCAUCGACGUGAACUUGCCAAAGUUCUUGAAUCAUGACUUGCCCCUGUUCAACGGUAUCGCUUCAGAUCUGUUUCCCGGAGUCAGACGACCCGAGCCUGAUUACACCAUUCUUAACGCCGCAGCAAAGAAUGCCUGCGAUAAGAUGAACCUCCAGUAUACCGACUUCUUCAUUACGAAGAUCCAACAGGUCUACGAAAUGAUGAUUGUUCGACACGGCUUCAUGAUAACUGGAAUGCCUUUCGGUGCCAAGACCUCCUCCUACAAAGUGCUGGCGGCUGCUCUAGGUGAAAUAUGCGAAAAGGUGCUUUUUUUACAAAAAACCCUUGCCUCCAUUUGUGUCAAACCUUUGUCCACUUAA